AUUUUAUUAUUAUUAUUUUUUUUUUCUUUUCUUCUUUUCUUCAGUAAAGACUAAAAUCAACAAGUUUUAUUAUUAUUAUUAUUUUUUCUUAUAGUCUAACAUGCUUUAUGAUCAACCAACAAUGAUGUCUUCAAAAAUUAAUGUUCCAAAAUAUACUUCACGUACUAAAGAGCAUUGGAAAACAACUUCUAAUUCAUCGACAUCAAGUAAUGAGAAUUGGAAAACAUGUAAGAGUAAAAAAGAAGGAUGGAAAAUGUCUACCAAGCCUCAUCAUGCUCAACCUCAUCAAAACGAUGAUCUACCCUCAACCUCUACAACAAUGUUAAAUCCAUCUUGGCAAAUGAAGCCUUUACCCCAGGAACCAUUAAGGCCUUAUGAACAUUAUUCUAUUGCCCCAAAUAUUUCUGUAGGUGAAGAAUAUUAUAUGGCCCCAGGGCCUUUUCAUCUUAAUACAACACCUCUGCAACAACCACACACAAUCUCGCAAACGAAUAACUAUUCAUCAUAUAAUAUGGAUUCACCAUAUACUCAAGCAAUGCCUUUCGAAGGUAAUAAUGGAUACCAACCAUCUAUAGAUUACAAUUAUAACCAGUACCCUGUAUAUAACGAACAGCCUACAUAUAGCUCUGCUCCUCCUCUUCCUCCCCCUUUAUUACCAUCACAUGCUACUAGUCAACAAAAGUAUCCUUCACAGCAGUCAAACACUAUUUCUGGAAGCCCAUCAAAACCAGUUACAAAAAAAGAAAAAAAAAAGAUAGAGAAAAAAGUCCGUCAGAUCACAGUACAAUCAAUUAACGCAGAACACCGUGCCUGGAUAGAUAUUUUACCUUCUGAAACAGGUUUAUCAUUGGCUGAAAAAAUUCAUGUAAUAGCAACCUUCAGAACUCGAAAGAUCGUUUCAAUCACGACGGCUUCCGGAAGAAAGAUUCCUUUAGAUAAUCGACCUGUCUUUGGGAGUUGGAUGGAAAUGGAUAAUUUUGUAGAUGGAGAGCAAUGGAGCGUUGAAUGGUGUGAAAAUGACCGAGGUGCAAUUGAUAAAUUUAUAUCUAAAAUAGUUCAGGUUAGUGGCGGUAAACGAAGUAAAGACCAUGUUGCUUAAAAAUAAAUAAAUAAAAUAAUGACAAUAUAUAAUAAAAUAGCUUUUUUCUGUAUAUAUCUUUA